AAGUGCAAUACAGCUGUGAACCAGUGGGCCCCAGAAACUCCAGCUCCCAGAAUCCCCGGCUAUUGGCCAACAUGGCUGAGGCUUCUGGGAGCUGAAGUCCACAAUCUCUUCAAGGGCCACUGCUGUCAAGGAGCCCUAGGUGAGCGUUUGCGCUCUCAUUUGGGAGGUCCUGCUUUGCUGUUAGGGAAACCAGGAGGCGAAAGCGUUCAUUUUGUGCUUGAGAGCAGGGGUUCGAGGUGCGCGCGCACUCCCGGAAGUAGGACGCUUGGCCCCGCCCACCUGCGGUCAGGUGAUACAGAGGCGGCGCCCCCUCUCUCCCCCUCCCCUCUCCGUGGAGUCACGUGCCUCUCCGCCGGACCCGAAGGAGGACUCAGAAGCCGGACGGCAGAGGAAGCAGGCGCAGCUGAGAGAAGGAAGGUGAUGAGUUCUCUGCCGCCAUUCCUGCUGCUGCUGGCCCUGCUGGCCUCCGGCAACAGGGCCGCUCCCGCUGGGCACGAGAUCACCUACUUGCCAGGCCUCGCCAAGCAGCCAGCCUUCAGGCAGUUCUCGGGCUACUUGGAUGUAGAGAAGGACAAGCACCUCCACUACUGGUUCGUGGAAGCCCAGGGGGGCAGUGCAGCCCAGGACAAGCCCCUGGUGCUCUGGCUGAAUGGUGGCCCUGGCUGCAGCUCCGUGACAGGCCUCCUGACUGAGCAUGGUCCCUUCAGGAUUCAGCCUGAUGGAGCCUCUCUGGAGUACAAUGACUAUGCCUGGAACAAGCUGGCCCACAUGCUGUAUUUGGAGUCCCCCGUGGGCGUUGGAUACUCCUAUUCAGAUAGCCAAGACUACCGGACUAACGACACAGAGGUGGCCCGGGUGAACUACUUGGCCUUGAAAGAGUUCUUCCGCCUCUACCCAGAGUACUGCAAGAAGGAUCUUUACCUCACUGGGGAAAGCUAUGGAGGGAUUUAUAUCCCCACCCUGGCAGAGUGGGUCAUGCAGGAUCCCAGCCUCAACUUGAAGGGAAUCGCGGUGGGCAAUGGCCUUUCCUGCUACGAGACCAAUGACAACUCUCUGGUUUACUUUGCCUACUACCAUGGCCUGCUGGGGAGCAGGCUCUGGACAGACUUACAAACAUACUGCUGCUCUGAUGGGAAAUGCAACUUCCACGAUAACACAAACGUGAACUGUACCCUUGCUAUGGCUGAGAUGAUCCGCAUUGUGGACGAGUCAGGCCUCAAUAUCUACAACCUUUAUGCCCCAUGUGCUGGCGGGGUGCCGGGCCACUACAGGUACCAGAAUGGGGUGCUGGUCACUCACGACCUGGGCAAUAGCUUCAUCUGGCAGCCGAUGCGUUACUCUUGGAGGCAGAACCUGCUGAGGUUGCAAGUGGCCAAGAAGAGUGUGCGGCUAGACCCCCCCUGCACCAACACCACUGCCCCCUCCAACUACAUGAAUGACCUACAGGUGCGCAAGGCUCUGCAUAUUGUGGAUGGAGCUCCAGAGUGGCAGAUGUGCAGCUUUGACGUCAGCCGUGGCUACAAGCGCCUCUACACAAAAAUGAAUGACCAGUACUUGAAGCUGCUCAGUGCCAUGAAAUACCGCAUCUUGCUCUACAACGGGGAUGUGGACAUGGCCUGCAACUUCCUGGGAGAUGAGUGGUUCGUGGACUCUUUGCGCCAGAAGGUGGAGGUAUCUCGACGGCCCUGGAUUUACACAGAUGACAAUGGGGAGGACCAGAUUGGAGGCUUCGUGAAGGAAUUCACCAAUAUUGCUUUCCUCACUGUCAAGGGAGCCGGUCACAUGGUGCCCACAGACCAGCCCCGGGCAGCCUUCAACAUGUUCCAGCGCUUUAUCACCCGGCAGCCCUACUAGCCUGGAGUCCCAUCGUCCACUUUUACAUUCACUGGCAGGGACCCACUUCCUCUCCUGGGAACUGGGUACUGUCCUGAUCCUCAAUGCCACUUGGACUUUGGCGCAGGCGCCCUCCCUGUCUUAACUGGUUCCACAUGGCAUGCUUUCUGGGGCUCCCACGCUGCACUGGUGAUGGGAGGCGUCCUUUCUGGGAGCGACCAUCCCAUCACCCUUCCUUCCCUCCCUCCCUCUGCACAUUUGCACUGAACUGGGGCAGAGGCAAUGCCUGUUCUGCCUGCAUCCAGGGCCCUGGAGGGACCCUUUCUCAGCCUUAGUUCUCAGUCAGCGUGAAGAGGAAGGAACCUGACUCACUGAUGAUGACGAUGAUGAAGAAGAAGCCACUUCUCGCCCUGGGCAGCAGCCUCACUCUUGGCUCCUGUGAGCCCUGGGCAAGCUUAUUAAAAAUCACUUUUUUCUAAAAGAA